CGAAAAUAACCUAUGUCACGUGAUAGACAUGUGAAUAUAAACAUUUAACAUGCUAAUUUUUGACACUUACCCACCAGCAAAAUGUCACAGUCAGCGGCAUCGAGCAAAGAAAAGUGCAUUGAUGGAUACAAAUAUUUAUUUAACAAGGACUUACUGAAGGGCCAGGUGGCUUUUGUAACAGGCGGAGGAACGGGCAUUGGUUUUACUAUUGCUGAAGUUCUCAUGAGCUUUGAAGGGUGCAUUUUAAGAGGAAUAAAGAACAAAGUUUCCUUAAUAAGUCUAAUCAAGAUUGUUCAGCAUGCUGUUCGCUUUCAAAGCCUAUUGCUAUUAGAGAAACUGUUAGCGAACAGCAUGGAUCCUGACCAGGCUGGUCUGGAUCCAUGCUGGUCGCAAAGCCACUAUAUUCGUUUUCACAUGGCUCGGCUCAGUUAUGAUUUUAAAAUCUGUUGUUUAUUUUACCAGCCAAAGAAGGUUCAAGCAGCUGUUGGUGAGGCGAUGAGAAGAUUUGGAAAAAUCAACUUCCUUAUCAAUAGUGCAGCAGGUAACUUUCUGUGUCCAGCUGAAGGUUUGUCCUUCAAUGCAUUUAGGACAGUGAUGGACAUUGAUACCAUGGGAACAUUUAAUACCACAAAAGUUGUCUUUGAUGAAUACAUGAAGAAACAUGGAGGUGUAAUAAUAAAUGUAACAGCCACACUACAAGUCAGAGGUCAGGUGUAUCAACUUCAUGCUGGCUGUGCCAAAGCUGCUAUAGAAACGAUGACCAAACAUCUUGCAGUGGAAUGGGGAGAGAAGGGGAUACGAGUGAUGUGUGUUGCCCCUGGUCCAAUAUCUGAUACAGAAGGCUUCAGCAGACUUGGAGGAAAAACAAUAUCGGAUGAAUAUGUAAAGAAUAUUCCUAUACAGCGUCUGGGUAAACGGGAAGAUAUAGCCAAUACCGUGCUGUACUGUGUCAGCGACGCUGCACAGUUGUUGACUGGUACCACUGUGAUUGCCGAUGGUGGUGCUUGGUUAACAAGUGAAAACAGUCUGCGAAGAGUACGACGUAUAAUGGAAAUGCAUGCAAAAAUGUGAAUAGCAGUUUCAAAGAAAGGAAUGAGGUGCAAAAUGUGCAAUGUUCAAGAAUUGUUGUAUCGUUAAAAAUGUAGCUAUUGUUUUAUCCGCCGUUUCUGUAACAAGGGUUUUCCUUGAAAAGACAAUACCAUCUGUAUAUUAUACAUAAUUCUAAAGAACUCUAAGGGAGGUAAUAGGAACUUUUUAAUUUUUCAAAAUAUCUUAAUUAGUUUUAAAUUUAUUGUCAGAAAAAGAUUUCGCCAGGGUAUUUUCUGUUGUAAAUUUCUGUAAUUGUUUACUAUAAAAAGCAAAAUAAAAUCAGUUCUGACUUUAUUUGUGAAUGGAUUAUAUAUACAUCUAAGUUAGCAGAAAAGCAGCAUUUGUAUGAAUUUGUUUUUAAAAUAUUCUCUCUCUCUUUUCAAAAUUGCGAAUUCGCUCGAUUUUUACAAUGGGGGAAUACAUUGUUGGCCGUAAAAGUAAGGUUAUUAAAGACAUUUAAAGAAUUCAAAUAGACCCUACUACCACCCGUGGAGACCUUUAGAUUGAUAUAUAGUUAUAUCUGAAUCUUGCAGUUUACAAAAAGCUGGUGGAUUGAACAGUAAUGUUUUACAUAAAUAUUUUUAUGCAAAUAUGAAAUUGUUAUUCCAGAUUGUCAUUAAUGUGGUUUUAUUGAAAAAAGGAAAAACUGUUUAUUUUAAGUGGUGAUCAAGAUCUCAGAUAUGUGUCAUAAAUUGUUAUAUGUUUAUUCCAGAAUGUGGAAUAAUGUAUGUUUGCUAGCCAUCAGUAUUUUCCAUAUCUGUAUAUAAUACAGUAAAAUAUACAAAAUUA